GUGUAAAGUCCAGAGAAUAACCGGCAACGAGUUAUAGUACAUUUAUCUCGUACUCAACUUUGUACAUAUAUUUAUUUCAUGCAGCUGGAUACAGAAUCUGGAUGGAAAUAUAUAGAGUUACCUUUUACCUUACUUACUAAUUACUAUACUUUUGCAGCAUUUACUCAAGUUGAAAUUUUUACUUUCUUGAGGAGCUCAUCAAUAUUUAAGCUAUAUGUAUUAUUGUGAGAAAAUAUGCAACGAGUCAUUCCACUAGUUUGUUUCACCACAAAAAGACAGUUUUCCUGCACAUUUCCAAGAUUUGCCGGAAAGAAGGCUGCACUUAUCGUGGGGGCUGGAGACAGCACUGGGUCCGCUAUUUCGAGAGCUUUCGCCAAUGAAGGGUUCCACAUUUGUGCCGUUCGUCGCAACAAGGAGAAACUUUCUCCUCUCAUUUCUGAAAUUAGUGGGAAAGGUCAAGGCAUAACAGGACUUGGGGUGGACUGCAGGAAAGAAGACCAAGUUCAAGAGAUGGUUAAACAAAUCGAGACUGACAUUGGUCCAAUCGAGGUCGCAGUGCACAAUAUCGGGGCCAAUGUUCACUUUGGAAUUACUCAAACGACAGCUCGUGUUUACUACAAGGUGUGGGAGAUGGCGUGUUUCUCUGGAUUCCUUGUCGGCAAGGAGGUCGCCACCCGGAUGCGGGAGAGGGGUGCGGGGACAAUAAUUUUUACCGGUGCGACCGCCAGUGUGAGGGGAGGCGUUGGAUUUAGUGCAUUCUCAGGUGCAAAAUUCGGUCUGAGGUCGCUAUCACAAUCCAUGGCGAGAGAGCUGGGACCUGAAGGGAUUCACGUGGCGCAUGUCGUGGUGGACGGAGGGAUUGACACGCCGUUCGUCUUUGAGAAUUUACCAGGAGCUAAGGAAUUAGCCAAGAUUGGAGGACUCCUUAAUCCUGAUGAAAUCGCGCAGAAUUAUAUUCAUUUAUUCAAGCAACCCAAGUCUGCUUGGACACAGGAGAUGGAUCUUCGACCUUAUUGCGAAAAGUGGUAGAUUUGUUCUUCUCUGUUUAAGAUACAUGCGUGUAACUCAAUAAAUUUUGUUUGGAAUAUGGCUAAUCGAAUUUCUGUAUAAUUCGUUACAUGAAGUCAAAUUUUGUACAGGAAUUUCAUAAUGACCGAAACAAACAUAAUUACAUAUUUCCAUUAAUUAAUAAAGAGAUUUAUUUUCAGUAAAAAGCCUUA